GUCAGUUGCAUGUUUACUUGCUUUGUCAGCGGUGUCCCCGCAGUAGUUAUCUCAUGUUCCUCACCUGCUGCUGAUCAAAACCUUGGACUUUUGUCCCACAGAGUGACUUAUCCCAUCGUCACGACUGCUUAUCAGCAGUUUCAUCAAGUCUCUCGUGGACCUUGAACAGGGGCAAAUCGGGUUCACUGUUUUUUUUCCUAGCUAACAGGGAAAGAUGACGUUAAAAUCCAAUAAAAACGAACCUGCGGACAUACUAGAGCCCGUUAACAGCGUCAGGACAGCCCUUUCCGACCUCUACCUGGAGCAGCUCCUUCAAAACAAACCAAAGUCUGACAAGGUGGCUAUGCAAACCUAUGAGAAUAAAGGAGCUGAGUUUUACACCAAUGGUUGUGCUGGACACAUGAAUGGUGCAGAGCUGACCAGGAUGAAAGAAGUAGCAUUUGAGAAGAAUCCCUCAGAGCCGAUGGGGGUCACUCUGAAACUAAAUGACAAACAACGCUGUACGGUGGCCAGAAUACUGCAUGGAGGAAUGAUCCACAGACAAGGGUCUUUAAAUGAAGGUGAUGAAAUAGCAGAAAUCAAUGGAAAAAGUGUGACAAACCACACUGUAGAUCAGCUGCAGAAAAUUCUGAGAGAAACCAAUGGAGUAGUCACCAUGAAGAUUAUUCCCAAGAACCAGAAUCGUUCGCGUGUCUGUGAGAUGUACAUGAGGGCCCAGUUCGCCUAUGAUCCCACCAAAGAUGACCUCAUCCCAUGCAAAGAGGCCGGCUUAAAGUUUCUGACUGGUGACAUCAUCCAGAUCAUCAACAAGCAGGAUCCAAACUGGUGGCAGGGCAGAGUGGAGAGCAGUUCUAAUGAUUUUGCUGGACUUAUACCCUCCCCAGAGCUUCAAGAAUGGAGGGUGGCCAGUAAAAGCAAGGCCAGAGAGAGCAGUCAGUCCUGCAGCCCAUUUGCAAAGAAAAAGAAGUGCAAAGACAAAUACCUAGCUAAACACAGCUCUAUUUUUGAUCAGCUGGAUGUGAUUUCUUAUGAGGAAGUUGUGCGGCUCCCUGCCUUUAAAAGGAAAACUCUGGUGCUUAUUGGUGCACCUGGUGUAGGAAGAAGCCACAUCAAAAAUACUCUGCUGACAAAAUACCCUGAGAAAUUUUCCUACCCAGCACCACACACCACCAGACCCCAACGAAAGGACGAGGAGAAUGGACAGGAAUAUUUUUUCAUCUCAAAUGAAGCCAUGACCAAGUGCAUCUCUGUAAAUGAGCUCCUGGAGUACGGCAGCUUCCAGGGAUAUAUGUUUGGUACCAAAUUUGAGACCAUCCAAAAGAUCCAUGACCAGGGUAAAAUCGCUGUGCUGGAUGUAGAACCACAGACUUUGAAACUCGUGCGGACUGCCGAUUUUGCUCCUCUGGUGGUGUUCAUAGCUCCUACCAACACAGCUCCACAGACGGAAAACCUGCAGAUGAUCCAAAAAGAGUCAGACGCCAUUCUAAGCACAUACGGACACUUCUUUGACGUGGUUCUUGUCAACAACGAUGUGGAUGAAAGCGUUAAAGGGGUCGAGGAAGCCAUUGAGCGUGCCACCUCCACCCCACAGUGGGUGCCUGUAUCAUGGGUGUACUGAAGAUGCCUGGCACCCAUUUGAUUCUUUUGUGUUUGUUGAAAAGCAGUGCAAUAUCACUCCUUCCACCAAACCCUUAGAAUUAGUGAUGUCCCAACUGUUUACUUCUUAAUUGUCAGAGGUUUUUUGCACAAAUGCAGUAAAAAAAAAAAAAAAAAAAAAAA